AUGAGCGACCCCUGGGAUUGCCUUUACCAUGGAAUGCUGCCGUUCCACGAGCACUUUCGUCACACCACCUCACAAAUCUCUGCACUCCUCACCACGCUCUCCCCCUCAUUUCCUUCCAAAAACAAGCUUGAAACCCUCGACAACCUACUAUCGAUUUGCGCAUCGCUCUGUAGAUCGCUCGAAGCUCACCACUCUAUCGAAGAGCGCCUCAUCUUCCCCAUCCUCGCCAAAAAGUUACCCCAAUUCGCUCACUCGAGUCAACACACCAAAGAGCACCAACAGAUGCACCAUGCUCUGCAAGACUUGCAAAAAUACAUAGCCCAAGUCAGUACCAAUCUGCGUUCGGUCAAGGGCAGAGAGUUGGACGAGGUCUUUGACCAUGCAAAGAUGGUCAAGCUGGUAGACGAGUUGAAGCGCGUCUUGCUACCACAUUUGAAGGCAGAGGAGGCAAGUUUAAGGGCUCCCGUAGUCAAGGCGGCUGGAUUCGAGCUGGGUGAGAUAAAAAAUUUGAUUCGCUGA